AUAAACAGUGAAAGGCGGCGCCAAAGUGCGUGAUUAAUGGAGAAAAAUCAUGGAAUUAAAUUUGUGCUUCUGGGGUCCUAAAUCAUUCAAUCAAAUUGAGACAAUUUGUCUAAAUUAAAAAAUGGGUUAUGGAUGUCAACUCGAUUUAAUUUACAACUCGACACUUGUGAUUCCCCCAAAACGGAUAUUUCGUGUCCAAAACAAAUCACCUGAGGACCAUUAAGAAUACAAAUGUUUUUCGAAACUUAUCCAUAUGUAUCGCAUCUGUCCGCAUGUCGAGAGAAUAGUUUCAUGUCUCCUUUAUCAAUGAAUGGAUGAAUUCAGAUUUGAACAGUCGCUCUUUAUCACCGUGCUAGCGAGAACGCCAGUUGACUAUUUUCAGCUAAUUCUAUUAAAAAAAGUGCUUGUGGUAUUUUUAUAUUGUUUUAAAGUGACGAAAAACAGGAAUUCGAGAUAAAUCACACAAACAAGUCAAUUAUGAUUUACGCAACUCUAAUUAUAAUUCUCCCCAUAAUUCUAACAGUUUCAGGCUCUGCCCUUCAUGGCCCUUGCGAAACCAACGAAAAUUGCGGCACUUUGGACACAUUUUGUCAAAAUGGAACUUGCGUGUGUCGUGACAAUUUCCGUGUGUUUGACGAUCAUUGCGUCCAAAUUGCCACUCCUGCGAUUCCGUGUGCUCACAAAACAGUUUGCAAGACCUCUCUAGGUCCUAAAGGAAUUUGCGUGGAUAAACACUGCGCUUGCAGGUCAUUCCAUCAUUUUUUUAAUAAACAAUGCGUCAAAAGUAAAGGUUUGGAUGAGGAAUGUGACAGUGAUCACCAGUGUUAUUGUGGAGAGGACUGUAACGAUAAAAUUGGUUGUGUAAAUAGGAUUUGUACGUGUAAAACUGGCUUUAAAAUUAAAGGUCGAAGGUGUAUUCCAGAUCCGAAUUUUGUACAUGAGAAAUCGACAGCUUCGACUAAAAUUGUGCUAAUUUAUGUUAAAUUGUUGUCCGUUUUGUAUUUUUUAAAUAUAUAAUAGAUUUUA